GAUUUUCUUUGUUCUCCUCCCACCACAUCUGCUGUCAAUAUCGUCUACACCUUCAGCAUGUAAAGCACAUCCAUCCUUUCUAGUAUGCAGUGUUCUGUGAUUUAUUUGGCCUGAUAUUCUGGUUAUAAAUCCACCAUCCUUAGGUAUGCUAAACGUUCGAAUUGAUUCAUUGCCGUCAGACCGUAAAACGGCACUCAAAAGUUGCUCUUCGUGCGAUAGAAGACGCAUAAAAUGUGAUCGAACUCUGCCACAAUGUAGGAAAUGCACUAUUCGCGGGAUACAAUGUCCAGGGUUCAAUUCUGUCCGGCUUAAAUGGGGUCAGGGCGUCGCCAGUAGAGGCCCUUUGGCUGGAAGGAAUAUUCCUGUUCAACAUGCCAGCGCAGAAAGUAUUACAUUGUCUGUCGAUACGAACUCUCGACUCUCUGCACCAAUUCCUUCUCCAACGAGAGACUGCGGUCUUGUCGACAGUCAUUCACGUUUAAUUUUAUCACACAAACUCUUUGCCCACUUCAAUGUCAACGUUGCUCCCAGAUUGACCUGGAUCGACAGUCCAGACCAUCCGUGGCGAAAGAUUGUUGUUCCUCUUGCACAGCGUUGUCCGUCUCUUUCUAUGGCCAUUCUCAGUGCUGCUGCUGCCCACUUACUCUUCACAUCUACUGGCGACGUACCCGAUACGGCGGCAAUCGAGACUAUAGGUCACCAUUUGCGGGAUACAUGUAUCCGAGACCUUACCAAGGCAAUUAGCGCUGAAUUGGAGGGAUAUACAAGGCAACAGGCCAAUGAUUCUUCGUUCCUCGUCCAAAUUCUAGCGACAACGCUCGUUCUAUGCUACAGAGAAAUAGUGGUUCCCGAUUCCACCGAUUGGAGCCUUCAUCUGCAUGCCUGUCGCAUUCUCAUCGAGAGACAGAAAUGGAGAGGAGAUCGGCCAGGCGCAGUUGCAGCCUUCUUGAUCAAGGAGGUCGCCGAUCUAGAAGUCUUUCGCAGCAUUGGCACCUUUACCACCGGGGAGGGUUCUUCGACUCUACUACUACCGCAAUCAAUAUUUGGCAAUCACUUUCGAACUUUCACGGGUCUUAUCUAUGAGAUUACUGCCGAGGAGAGACGACGACACGAACUUGCCAUGAACCAUCAACACCUUCCCCAAAUGAACAUGAAUAUUUGGCAAAUCAAGGCAAGACAGGCCUGUAACCAGGCCUCGGCUGAUACAACCUGGCUAGCAUCUCACGGGGAACAUAUGCAGAAUCGGGUGAACGCUCUCAUACAGGCAUAUUACUACACGACUCUCAUAUACAGCUACCAGGCGUUGGCUCCUCUCCCGGAGACGGCAGUACUAAUCCAAACUUUAGUCUCCCAGCUAUUCGAUGAGAUCGAAGUCUUCACAGCUGAUACAAUACAUAUUAUAUCACACAACAUCUUCCUACCACUCUUUAUUGCAGGAACCGAAAGCUGGGCAGACAGCGCAAGACAAGGCAUGAUUGAACGACUUUUUCAAAGUCUAGUUUCUGCGACUGGAGUCUGGUGCAAUUAUAGUGCCAUGCAUUUCCUGAGAGCUUUCUGGGCGCGAGCUGAAUAUCAUGGGAUUGGGAAGUGGAUACAGUAUGCGAGGGAGAAUGAGAGAGGGAAAAGUCAGUUUUUGAUUUUUUAGGUAUAUAUCAGGAUAUAGAGACUGAUUUUGUGAGUUUGCUGAACUGCAUAUUAGAAGUAAAAAAUAAUAGUUAAUUAUAGAAACAGUAGUCAUUU